AUGGCGCCAACAUUCGAUACUCUUUCAGAUCACGACUUUGAUGAUGUGGAUGAAGAAGAGAUCGACUUUAGCGGUGAGAUUUUAGUGGCUCUUGUUCGGUAUUUUGUCGUCCAUUCUGACGUUGAGGUGAUAGAUCUUCGAGCGCAAUAUGAUGUUCGCAGGGAUCAGGGCCUUGAUACUUUCGUAGUCAUCGAUGGGCUACCUAUCGUGCCGGCCGAGAAUAAAGCAAAACUUGUCAAAUUCCUGCUCAAGAAAUUAAAUACAGUUGGUAACACCAGCGAAGAUGCCAUUUUGAUGCCCAUGAACGACCAGAACAUGUCAGAUGGGUUCGCCUUUGUCGAGUAUGAAACACCAGAACAAGCGGCAGCCGCCACCAAACACCUCCACGGGACUGCUCUUGACAGAAGACACACCCUCGCUGUCAACAAAUUGACAGAUAUUGACCGCUAUGGGAGAGAGGGCAGAAUAGAUGACGAGUAUGAACCUCCCGAGAUCGAGCCAUUUCAUGAGAAGGAACAUCUCAGGUCAUGGCUAGGCGAUCCGGCAGCCCGAGACCAGUUUGUCAUGUUUCGGGGAGACAAUGUUGGAGUGUUCUGGAAUAUGAAAAAGGAUCCACCAGAGCCAGUCGUCGAUCGCAAACAUUGGACCCAGCUCUUCGUACAAUGGUCACCUCAGGGCACGUUCCUUGCAUCAAUACACCAGCAGGGCGUGCAAUUGUGGGGAGGACCAAUGUUCAGCAAGCAGAAGCAGUUCCCUCAUCCAUUCGUCAGCUUAAUCGAGUUUUCGCCUGGUGAGAGGUACCUGACGACUUGGUCAAACCAGCCAAUCUCUGUCGAAGAAGGGAAGACGUCUCUCACGAUCGAAGAGGAGGGGAAGCAUAUUGUAAUCUGGGAUAUUGUCACUGGAAAACCACUACGCUCUUUUGUCGCGCAUGACCUGACUCCACCCCCGGGUCCUGAAGGCGAAGCCCCACCAAAGAAGAAAGUGCAGUGGCCCGCGUUCAAGUGGUCUUCGGACGAAAAGUAUGUUGCCAGGAUGAAGCAACAUGAAUCACUUUCUAUCUACGAACUACCUCGAAUGAAUCUCCUCGAUAAAACGUCUAUCAAGAUUGAAGGUAUCAUGGAUUUUGAAUGGGCUCCAUCAAGCCCACGACGAGAAGGGAUCAAGACCUACGAACAGUUGCUGUGUUUCUGGACACCCGAAAUCAAAUCAAAUCCUGCCAAAGUCGGUCUCAUGUCUGUGCCCAGCAAAGAAAUCGUUCGAACACGGAAUCUCUUCAACGUUUCCGAUGUCAAGCUGCAUUGGCAGUCUGAAGCUUCGUUUGUUUGUGUGAAAGUUGACCGCCAUUCGAAGUCGAAGAAAUCGCUUGCAACGAAUCUGGAAAUUUUCCGAGUGAGAGAAAAGGGAGUUCCAGUCGAGGUUGUGGACAGCAUCAAGGAUACUGUGAUUAACUUUGCUUGGGAACCUAAGGGUGAUCGCUUUGUUCUGAUUACGGCUGGCGAGGUCGUUCCUGGCUCCAAUGUUGCAGCCAAGACAGCCGUUGCUUUUUUUUGUCCCGAAAAAGCAAAAGGUGGAGGAAUUGGCAAUUUCAAACUCAUAAGAACGGUCGACAAAAAGAACAGCAAUGGGAUUUACUGGUCACCCAAAGGACGUUUCGUAGUGGUUGCAACAGUCGCUGUCCAGCAGCAUUUCGACCUCGAGUUCUGGGAUCUUGACUAUGAGGGCGAGAAGGCAGAGGCCGAGAAAGAGUUGUCCGCCAACUUGAUGUCCAUGAACAUACAAGAACAUUAUGGGGUCACAGAUGUGGACUGGGAUCCUACUGGUCGAUAUGUGGUCAGCAGCGCAUCCGUCUGGACGCACCAGAUGGAAAACGGCUACCACAUGUACACCUUCUCAGGCGUGCUUCUGUCGGAGAACCCUAUUGAAAAGUUCAAGCAGCUGCUAUGGCGGCCUCGACCGCCCACACUUUUAUCCAAAGAGGAGCAGCGGAACAUCCGUCGUAACCUUCGAGAAUACUCGCGUGACUUUGACGAAGAAGAUAGAUAUGCUGUUGAUAUUGCAAACACAGCAAUCGUGGAGGAAAGAAGAAGGCUUCUGGAGGAGUGGGAUGCUUGGGUUCGGAUGGUGAAAGAAGAUGUCAAAGCGGAGAGAGAAGAGCUAGGCAUACCCGAUCCAAAAGAGGAGCUCGAGCUGCAGAGAAUACGUAGCGCGGCAAGCGAAGAGGAACAAGUUGUUGAGGAAUUGGUUGAAGAUGUUAUCGAAGAAAGUGAGGAAUUUGCAUGA